AUAAGAAAAAUUUCCUACAAAGUGUAUUUUUAAUUAUAAUUAAACGUUUAUCUUCUAAACUGAAAUGCUUCAACUAACGAUAAAUUGUUAAUUGUUUUGCCUUUUUGCAGUUGUAAAAAACGAUCAAAACACAGAACACGUUGCACUUUUGCCAAUUUUAACUUUCAGUUAUCAAGUGAAAUUAGUUCGAUUUAGCAGAAAUAAGUGCAGAAUAAGUGUUAGUUGAAUAAAGUGGAUCUUAAUUAAAUUGAAGAUGACGGCGAAAAUAGAGCGUAGAGGCACUUUUAAAGUGGAGUAUUUGCAAGAAAUAGAACAGGAAGUGCAGCAACGUUGGGAAAAGGAACGUCUGCAUGAAUCAGAUGCCCCGAUGACUCCAAAAAAUUCGCAAGAUGAAAAAUUCUUUGUUACAUUUCCGUUUCCGUAUAUGAAUGGCCGCUUGCAUUUAGGUCAUACAUUUUCAUUAUCUAAAGCCGAAUUUGCGGUGCGAUUUAAUCGUUUGAAAGGCAAACAUGUAUUAUGGCCUUUUGGUUUCCAUUGUACCGGAAUGCCUAUUAAGGCCUGCGCCGACAAAUUAAGACGGGAGUUGCAAGAUUUCGGUUAUCCGCCUAAGUUUCCCGAUGCUUCAAUAGACUCAUCAUCUUCUGAUGAGAUGAAAUCAAUACAAGUUGAAGCUCCAAAGGAUAAAUCAAAAGGGAAGAAAAGCAAAGCAGUUGCAAAAGCAGGCGCGGCCAAGUAUCAGUGGCAAAUUAUGCAAAGUUUAGGACUAAAAGACGAAGAGAUAAAGAAAUUUGCCGAGACUGAUUAUUGGUUGGAUUAUUUUCCACCGCUGGCGGUUCAAGAUCUAAAAAAAAUCGGCGUUCAUGUGGAUUGGCGCAGAACUUUCCUAACAACAGAUGCUAAUCCAUACUUCGAUUCGUUUGUGCGCUGGCAAUUUAUGCAUUUAAAAAAUCGUGGUAAGAUCAUGUAUGGUAAGCGUUACACUAUUUUCUCCCCAAAAGAUGGUCAACCCUGCAUGGAUCAUGAUCGUUCUACUGGGGAAGGCGUCGGAUCCCAGGAUUAUACUCUAAUUAAAAUGAAGGUUCUGGACAAAAAUGGCAAACUAAAGUCUUUGCAACAACCAAUAUAUCUAGUGGCAGCUACGAUGCGUCCUGAAACAAUGUAUGGGCAAACUAAUUGUUGGCUACAUCCCGACAUCACUUACGUUGCCUGGCAGACAAAUCGUGAUAACGAGGUAUGGAUAAGUACGCGUCGUGCAGCGCGCAAUAUGUCUUAUCAAGGCUUUACUGACGAAGAAGGCAAAGUCACAGAGCUUUUGAUAUUAACUGGUUUAGAACUUAUGGGCAUUUCGUUAUCGUCGCCUUUAACAUUACAUCCUUCUCCUAUCUACACUUUACCCAUGUUAUCUAUUAAAGAAGACAAAGGUACUGGAGUGGUUACUUCAGUACCUUCCGAUUCCCCCGAUGAUUAUGCUGCUCUUGUUGAUUUGCAAAGGAAGGAUGCUUUCCGCAAGAAAUACAAUAUAGAGGACAAAAUGGUUUUGCCUUGUAACCCUAUACCUAUUAUCGAGGUGCCUUCAUUAGGUUCGAUAUGCGCUAAGCAUGCUUAUGAUCUAUUUAAAAUACAGUCGCAAAAUGAUAAAGAGAAGUUAGCUGAGGCCAAGCAGCUGUGCUACCUAAAAGGAUUUUAUGAUGGUGUUCUAUUGGUGGGAGAAUAUAAAGGACAGAAGGUUCAAGAUGUCAAAAAACAAGUGCAAAAGAAAUUAAUCGAUAAUAAAGAAGCCGAACUGUAUUACGAACCAGAAAAACCUAUUAUUUCGCGAUCAGGUGAUCAGUGCGUGGUUGCCUUAUGUAAUCAAUGGUAUUUGAACUACGGUGAAAAUGAAUGGCAAGCUCAAGCUAAGCGCAUACUAAAGGAAAUGGACACUUAUCAUGCAGAAGUUCGGAACAAUUUCGAGCACUGCCUGGGAUGGCUACAUGAAUAUGCUUGUUCUCGUACUUACGGCUUAGGCACUAAAUUGCCUUGGGACGAACAAUGGCUGAUUGAAUCUUUGUCUGAUUCUACCAUAUACAUGGCUUUCUACACAGUGGUUCAUAUGCUUCAGGGUGGAUCGUUUAGAGGUGAAAAACCUAGCCCGCUAGGUAUUAAAGCAGCCGAUAUGUGUCCAGAGGUAUGGGAUUAUUUAUUUUUUAAGGACACUCCCUAUCCGGACAACUGUAAAAUUGAGCAAAAAAAUUUGGAUAAAUUACGCCAUGAAUUCGAAUAUUGGUAUCCUAUGGAUUUGCGUGUUUCUGGUAAGGAUCUAAUACAGAACCAUUUAACGUUUAUGCUCUACAAUCAUGCUGCUAUGUGGCCCAAUGAUGACACAAAGUGGCCUAAGGGAGUGAGAGUAAAUGGUCACUUACUUUUGAACUCGGCUAAAAUGUCGAAAUCCGAUGGUAAUUUUUUGACAUUAUACGAAGCAGUGAAUAAAUUCUCAGCCGAUGGCACGCGUUUGUGCCUAGCUGAUGCCGGCGAUAGUAUUGAAGACGCCAACUUUGUAGAAAGUACAGCCGAUGCUGGCAUUUUACGUCUUUACAAUUUUAUCGAAUGGGUUAAGGAAAUGUUGGCUGUACGUCCUGCUAUGCGUAGGGGAACGCACCGUAAUUUUAAUGAUAACGUUUUCAUAAGCGAAAUGAAUUUAAAAACGCAACAGACUGAUGACAAUUAUAAAAAAAUGUUGUUCAAAGAAGCGUUGCGUACGGGCUUCUAUGAAUUACAAUUAGCUCGUGACAAAUACCGGGAACUUUGUGGAAUGCAGGGUAUGCAUGAAGAAAUCAUCUUUGAAUUCAUACGCCGCCAAGCUCUGCUAAUGUCUCCAAUUUGUCCGCACGUAGCCGAACAUGUGUGGUCGUUAUUAGGCAAUCAAGAAUCUAUUUGGCAUGCUUCAUGGCCAGAUGUAGGCGAAGUGAAUGAAUUGGAUAUCCUGCGCUCUGAAUAUCUUAUGGAGGCUGCUCACGUAUUCCGUUUAAACUUGAAAAAUAUUUUGCAAGUGAAAGGAAAAGGCGGCAAAGAAAAACCGGUCGAUCCGUUGUCUUUGAAACCCAAUAGAGCAGUGGUGUGGGUAGCAAAAUCCUAUCCACCCUGGCAAUGCUGUGUUCUUGACACCAUGCGUGAACUUUACUCAACUCAUCAGGCUUUACCCGAUAAUAAAGUUUUAGCAGCUACUCUGCAAAAGAAGGCAGAAUUAACGAAAUUUAUGAAACGUGUGAUGCCAUUCGUUCAAACGGUACGUGAGAAAGUGGAAAACGGCAAAGGAUUGUCAGCAUUGGCCGUAAAUUUGGAUUUCGACGAAAGACAAGUGUUAGUGGAUAACUUGGAAUAUUUGAAAAGUACUCUAGAUUUGGAUGCUGUAGAAAUUAAAUACACUGACGACUUAGACGCACCUGAAAAAACACGUGAGGAAGUACGACCUGGAGCACCAUUUAUUAGCUUCUCUAUUGCACCACAUGUUCCAGUGGCUUUCGUUAAUCCUAUAGAACGUUCAGGUCUUUUUCAAGUGAACACCAUGGUAGUGGAAGGAGAAACAGUGAAAAGUUUAAAAGAGAAGUUAGCAAAACUUAUAGGUUUUAAAGCUGAUCUGGACACUUUAAAAAUCUGGCGUUAUGUAGACCCUGUUAUGGGUCCUCGCCAAAUACCCGAAUUUCGCGAUUACAAAAAAGGCAAAGCAUUGUUAAACGAUGGCACUCUUUUGUUGGAUAUUAACCAGAAAUGCGUGUCUUUAGUGGAAGAGAACGGUAAGCCAGCUACGCCAAUUGGAUGCCAGUUUGUUUAUGUGGUAGAAUAGUGGUACUUCGAAUACAAGACAAGUCUGAAAUGGAAACGAUAAAAACGAUUCCAUAGUUUUGGUAUUUUUCGCUCCUUUAUUUUGUUUCUGCUUUUUUUCAAA